AUGUCGACUAAAGAUUCUUCUGGACCCUUCCAUGGCCACUACACCGUCCUCGACGACAAAGAGUUCCAAGUAAAGGGCCGCACCCUCUUCUUCGUCGUGAUCCUCUUCACCGUCGUCCUCCUCGUCACCGUCUUCUUGCUCUACGCGAGAUGGGUUUGCCGCUACCGCCCCUCCAACUCACCUUUCUCUUCACACGCGCCGAACGCGCCGCCGCAGAAGCCGCGCGGCCUCGACGCUGCCCUGAUUCGAGGCUUGCCGAUAAUCUUGUACCAGUCCUCCGGCAAUUCGGAGGCGGCUGGCUGCGGUGAGUGUUCUAUAUGUCUCGGAGUUUUCGAAGACGGCGAGAAGGUUAAGGUUCUCCCUCAGUGCCGCCAUUGCUACCACUCUGACUGCGUCGAUACGUGGCUGAGCGCUCAGUCCAGUUGCCCGCUCUGCCGUACUUCUCUCCGGUCAAACUCCGAUGACGCUCUGCAAAUUGUCGUACAGUGA